AUGGCAGAUUUGGAGAAUCUGCUGCUGGAAGCAGCUGGAAGAACUGGCAAUGGAGGAGGAAGAAACAGAAACUCUCGGCCAUCCUCUAGGAGAAGAGGUGGCGGCGGUGAGGGUUCGUAUCCCGACGAUGGAAGCGACUCUAGGGACGAAGAUUCCGAUGAUGAUGACCGUGGAUACCCGAGCAGCAGGAAAAAACCAUCCGGAUCCCAAGUCCCUCUCAAGAAACGUAUGGAUGCAGCUGAAAAGGACGACGACGAUGAUGAACAGAACAGCCAGGAAGAAGAAGAACCAGGUUACGAUGACAACCGGAGGAACUCUGAUCAUGAUAGCGACGAGUCGGAUGUAGGGUCGGAUCUCUACAAAGAUGAGGAAGACCGGAGGAAACUCGAGCAGAUGUCGGAACUCGACAGGGAAAUGAUCUUGACGGAACGUGCAGACAAAAAGGGUGACAAGAAUCUAACCGAGAGGAUCCGUUCCAAACGUGAGAAGGGCAGCACGAAAGAUACUCCGCCACCAACUGCUCAAGCAUCAUCUCGCGGGGUGCGGUCUUCAGCUCGAUCGGCUGACAGAUCAGCUGCGCAAAAUGAUGCCUUGAAUGAGCUCAAAGCCAAACGACUUCGGCAGCAGGAUCCUGAGGCUCACCGGAAGAGACUUCGUGAAGCUUCUUCGUCUGGUGGUCCUACGCCAGCUAAGCGAAAGCCAUUCACCUCAGCAACGAGUUUGAGCAGCUCGAGCCAGAGUGACAGCGAGAGUGGGUCGCGCAGUGACAAUGAAGAGUCGACCGGGAUGGGGGACAGUGAUGAUGAGAGGGAUGGUGCGCCAUCAUAUGAAGACAUAAGAGAGAUCACCAUUCGAAGAUCAAAGCUUGCUAAGUGGUUGAUGGAGCCGUGGUUCGAUGACCUGAUCGUGGGUUGCUUUGUACGAGUCGGGAUAGGAAAGUCGAGAUCCGGACCCAUAUACCGACUCUGCUUAGUGCGGAACGUCGAUGCUGCUGACCCUGAUCGUCCAUACAAGCUCGAGAACAAGACCACAUAUAAGUACCUCAAUGUCGUAUGGGGUAAUGAGAGCUCGGCUGCACGUUGGCAGAUGGCUAUGAUUUCAGACUCAUUACCAACUGAAGAAGAAUACAAGCUGUGGAAGAAGGAAGUUGAAAAGACAAAUGGGCGAAUGCCAAGCAAGCAAGAUAUCUUGGAGAAGAAGGAAGCCAUCAAGAAGUCAAAUUCAUACGUUUAUUCUGCCGCCACCGUGAAGCAAAUGCUGCAGGAGAAGAAGUCCGCAUCGACAAGACCUUUGAACGUGGCUGCAGAGAAGGAUCGGCUGAGGAGAGAGAUGGAGGUGGCGGCGGGUAGGAAUGAUUUGGCUGAGGUGGAGAGGAUCCAGGCUAGGAUUCGUGAGCUGGAAGCUUCACGGCUCGCUCAGGAAGUGGACAAGAAGGCCGUGAAGCUGGCCGAGAUGAACAGAAAGAACAGGGUGGAGAAUUUCAGAAACGCUUCCGAGCUCAAACCGGUUAAAUCCGGGUUGAAAGCAGGGGAAGCCGGGUACGACCCAUUCUCAAGGCGGUGGACUCGGUCGAGAAACUACUACACCGGUCAGAACGCUGCUGCCGCAGCAGCAGCAAAUGAGGCCGCCGCUGCAGAAGCUGGUGGGAGUGGAGUAGCUGCAGCAGGCGUGAAGGGUGAGGCGGUGACAGCAGCAGCUUUAGAAGCAGCGGCAGGCGCUGGCAAGUUGGUAGAUACGAGCGCACCGGUCGAUCAAGGCACGGUGUCGAAUGCUCUGCAUGAUUUCGAGCUGCCGAUAUCGUUGGAUGCCCUGCAUAGGUUCGGGGGUGCCAAGGGUGUCGAGAAUGGGUACAUGGCGAGGAAGCAGAGGAUUGAAGCUACGAUUGGUGUUCAGGUCCCCGAGAAUGAUGGCCGCCGGCAUGCUCUGACGCUGACUGUGAGUGACUACAAGCGGCGAAGAGGGCUUCUGUGA